CUCACAAUCUUUUUCCCUGCUGCACACACAGUUCAAGCACAGAUUUGAAGAUGAAGCUGCUGAUGCUGUUAGUGUUGUUGACAACAUGCACUGCAAGUCCUCAAGAUCUUUCAGGUAAAAUGUUCACCUUCCCUCUGAAAACCAACAACGCUCAUGUGAGACUGUUGACAUCUGUAGAUAGUUUGAGUGCUUUUACUGUCUGUCACAGGUCCUUUACAGACCUGAAGAAAGAUCAUUUGCUUUUCUCUAUGGCCACGCUUUCUAAUCCUAAUGCCUUCCUGACAUUUUGGGAUGCAACAAAUAAGGAGAUGGAGGUCCACAUCAGGGACAGAACAACUGAUAUGGCAGGGCUGGACUACAAGCUGAACAUGUGGCACUCUAUUUGUACCACAUGGGACUCUACAGCUCAACUGGUGCAGCUGUGGUUUGAUGGAAAACCUUUGGUUAAGAAAUUCACCACCUCUGGAACAAGAAUGCAAGGACCCUUUAUAAUAAUUUUGGGACAGGAGCAGGAUUCACACGGUGGGGGGUUUGACAUUAAUCAGUCAUUUGUUGGAAUGAUGUCUGACGUCCACAUGUGGGACUACACCCUCUCUGCUUGUGAGAUUCACAACUACAUGGACGAUCUAAACUUCACUCCAGGCAAUGUGCUCAACUGGAGGGCGCUGGAGUUCCAGACCUUUGAUAGAGUUUUGGUAGAGAAAGAACAAAUGACCUGUCAAUAAAUUUUAUGUUAAAUACCAACGAUAUUUGAGAAUUUUAGAAAUGUACCUUUCUGUAAUUAAGAUCCAGCAUAGACAGAGAAUCUCAUAAGACACAAUUAGGAAAAAUGCCAGGGUAACACAAUUUAAAUGGGUUUGUAUUCAUACAGUGGCUGUCAAGUGAAAUAGUUGAAAAUCGUACAUUAAGACAAAUGUGCAGUAGAAACAAAGCAAAUAAAAAAAGGACAUUGAAAGUCCACAACAAAUGCAACAAUUUAAAUGUGCUGCAAAUGAAAAAAAAAAAAAAGCUGCCAAAAGCUGAAAUAACUGCAUUAAGUCAGGGGAACAGUUGAUUAUUAAUGGGAGAGAGUGAGGGAGGCGAGGAAGUAAAGGUAUGGUUUGGAUGGGACAAUGACAGUUUGCUGACAGGGAGUGUGAAGGCUACUACCAAUACAGCAACUAGGAGAUUCAAAGUGAGUCCCGCCAUUUAUGCGUUUAAUUAAAUGUUUUGGUGUUUCAUGAAAUUAUUUUUGUUUUGUGACACAUUUUCAUGUUUGAUUCAAUAUGUUUGUGUUUUGUGAAAUAUUUCUGUCUUCAUUAAAUAAUUUUUCAUUUGG